CUAACUUACUGCUGAUACUUUACUACCUUGCUGUAUUUAUCGCCAGCCUAACGAUAUUGUCCUAAACUCGCUGCAGGGAAAGUAAGAAAAAGCUGCCACGUCUAUUGAGAAGCAGUAGGAGAUUCUCUGAAGAAGGAAGGAAGGUGCCGCAGAGUGAGAAGUUGCUUUGCACCUGUUGGAGCAGAAAGUGUUCAGCAUCAGCAGCUGACAAGGAACUUGCUGCUGUGAGCUCAAUAGCAGCAGAUAAAGCUGCCCCUCUGCUCUUGUGCUCUUUGUUAUCACUUUUGCUUACAUUGAAAGUUGAUUCCUUUCUCGGGUGGACUGUAGGAUAAGGAGGGGACACAGCCAUCCAAAGUAAACAAGGGGAACAAAACAAGCUGCACUUGAAACCCCUGUGAAAUUCAUUGUAUAAAGAGGCUCCAGAAAACCUUUUUGAAUGUACAGCAUGAUGAUGGAAACGGACUUGCACUCUCCCGGGGUGCAACCCCCUAGCAACACGGGGCAAGCCGGGGGAGGGGGCAAUAAGGCCAGCCAAGACCGGGUGAAGAGGCCCAUGAAUGCUUUCAUGGUGUGGUCCAGAGGGCAAAGGAGGAAGAUGGCCCAGGAGAACCCCAAGAUGCACAACUCUGAGAUCAGCAAGAGGUUGGGGGCUGAGUGGAAAGUCAUGUCCGAGGCUGAGAAAAGGCCUUUUAUUGAUGAGGCCAAGAGACUCCGAGCCCUGCACAUGAAAGAGCACCCGGAUUACAAGUACAGACCCAGGCGGAAGACCAAGACUCUACUCAAGAAGGACAAGUACUCCCUGGCUGGGGGCCUGCUUCAUGCCACUGGAGGUGGGCACAUGGGGGUCGGACUGAGCCCAGGUGGAGGUGGUGGAGGAGGGGGAGGAGGAGGGGUGGUGGUCCAGCGCUUGGAAAGUCCCGGGUCAGGAGCCGGAGCAGGGGGAUACUCUCACAUGAACGGAUGGGCCAACGGAGCAUACCCCGGCUCUGUGGCUGCUGCUGCAGCGGCUGCAAUGAUGCAGGAGGCUCAACUCGCCUACAGUCAGCAGCAGCAACAGCAUCCUGGAAGUGGGGGGCAUCAUCCGCACCAUCAUCCGCACCAUCCUCACCACCACCCGCACCACCACCCGCACCACAACCCUCCUCCGCACCCACCGCCCCCUCCUCAGCCCAUGCACCGCUACGACAUGAGUGCCCUACAGUACAGCCCACUACCCGGGGCCCAGAGUUACAUGAGUGCUUCCCCGUCCGGCUACGGGGCCCUGGGAUACAGCUCUAGCCAACAGCAACACCAAGGCUCACCCUCAUCUGCAGCAGUAGCAGCGGCUGCUGCAGCUGCCGCAGCAGCUGCCGCCUCAUCGGGUGCCCUGGGGGCUCUGGGGUCCCUUGUUAAAUCAGAGCCAAGCGUCAGCCCACCUGUGAGCGGUGGAAGCUCCCAUGGCCGACCUCCUUGCCCCGGGGACCUGCGGGAGAUGAUCAGUAUGUACUUACCGAGUGGGGGGGAGGCUGGGGAUCCCGCGGCAGCAGCAGCUGCUGCAGCAGCAGCUGCCGCGGCAGCCACCAGCAGACUGCACAGCCUGCCGCAGCACUACCAGGGAGCGGGCUCAGGGGUGAAUGGCACGGUGCCCCUCACACACAUAUGAGGCGAACACCGCCUGGGGCCCCACAGA